AUGCCGUUAACCGCGUGUGUCCACGGCGCGGCUGCUUUGCUCUUCCCGAUGUACUGGCAGCACAUCUUCAUCCCCGUGCUGCCCCCGCAUCUCCUGGACUACUGCUGUGCCCCCAUGCCGUACUUUGUGGGAGUUCACCUCAGUCUGCUCGAGAGAGUACGCGGCCGGUCACUUGAGGACGUGGUCAUCCUGAACGUGGACACAAACACCCUGGAGAGUCCGUUCGACGACCUGCACAACCUGCCCGGCGAUGUGAUGUCCUCUCUGAAGAGCAAGCUGAAGAAGCAGUCGACGGCGACGGGGAGCGGCGUGGCGAGGGCCUUCCUGAGAGCGCAGGCCGCUCUCUUCGGCUCCUACAGGGAUGCCCUCCGAUACAAGCCUGGAGAGCCGAUCACAUUCUGCGAGGAGAGCUAUGUGAACCAUCGCUCCAGCACCAUGAAGAACUUCCUGUCCAUGGCUGUCAACCUGCAGCUCUUCAAACAGUUCAUUGACGGACGACUGGCCAAAUUGAACGCAGGCCGCGGCUUCACCGAUGUGUUUGAAGAGGAGAUCACAGAAGGGGGCUUCUGUGGAAGUAAUUCAAGGUCCUACCAGCAGUGGAUGCACACUGUGAAGAGAGGAGGCGCCUUCUUCAACACGGCUGUGUCAAAGGCCAAGGUUCAUGCCAAGAGGGGCAUCCGGGACAUUAAGGGCAGACUUAAAGCCAGGGAAGAAGAAGAGGAGGGGAUGACAGUCUGUGCAGGGUCUCCCACCAGCACCAAAAGCCUGUCUCCAAGGAGACUGCAGAAGAUGAGACGGCACAACUUGAACAAGUUUCCCAUGAGCAUGGCCCUUCCAGAUUUUAACUACGGACUGGAUGACGAUGAACUGGACACUGCUAGCAAGCUCUCCUCCGAGGACAGCGGGGACAUCCCGUCCUACACCGAGGACAGCGACGACUCGCUGGAGCUGGACAUCGACUCCUCGCGCUCGGGCCAGAUGAACCUGCUGGAGGAGAUCUUGGAUUCUCUCACCAUCACCACGUCGGAUCGAGGGAAGCUGAGCGGCGCCAAGAGCCUGGACUUCUUCCGGUCCAUGGACGAGCUGGACUUCAAGGCCCCGGCGAAGCCCCCAGCCUGCAGCGACGCCCCGGCGGCGGACGAAUGUGGCGGCGGCGCCGGAGACGACCAGGGUGGGUGGAACUUGGGUCAGGACGACAGCGCCGUCCACGGUAAACAUCUCCCCCCGUCGCCGCGCAGGCAGCCCAACAAGAGCAGCCUGAAGGGGUCCAAAGGUCCUCCAGCAGUCCCACCCCCGUCCCCUCCCCGCGGUGCCGACACCCCCCAGUCGCACCCUGACCCCCGACCUCCAGGGUCACGGCCGGGAAGCCGCGACUCCCCCUCGCUGUCCCGGAGAGCUGCACCCACGGCACAAUCUCCCGGUUUCUCCCACUCCAUCAGUUCUCCGGCAGCCAAGUGUUCCCCGACUCCAGCCGGCCGCUCGCGGACCUCCUCGGACCCCCAGGGCGCCCCCGAGCCGCCCCAGAACCAGAACCAGACUUCGUCCACCGGCAUCUUGAGGAGGAAGGUGCUGUCCAAAGAGACGGUGAGGCAGUUCCAGGAGAAGUCCCUGCGGCGGCAGGGCAGCAGGGGGCCCGGCGAGGACGGCGGGGGCUCGCCCAGGAACAGCCAGGCCGCCAUGCCGGUCCCCUGGGAGAAGGACCUGUCCAAGGACGGCCUGCUGGGCUUCGGCCUCUGCCUGGGUCAGGGUAAAGGCUCGGGGGCCGCCGCGGGGCCGGACCAGGGCCUCCUGGAGGAGAUCGAGUCCAUGUGCUGCCUGGGCUCGGUGCUGCAGAGCAACCUGCCGCUCCCCCAGGUUCUCUGCAAGAACAGUCACCCCCAGGUCCAGGGCCAAGCCGCGGACGAGUCCUGAGUAGCACCGGAGCGGGUUUUUACUCUUCUAUUACAGCAACCUUUGUCUUGUAAACUGUGAGCAGUUUUUACCUUUUUGUUUUUUAUCUGAACAUUCAGCUACGAGGAAAAAUAAUGAUCCGAGACAGGUUAGCACAAAUAUACGAGGAGCUGAGAACGGUGCGCGAGUCUCCAUCCGGACAGAAAGAAACGAUAAAACAUUACCGAGGGAGAACAAAUCAUCCUUCGUGCAGAUAUGCAAACAUCAGAUAAAUAAAUGUGAUGGAAGUUGAGGCGGAGCGGUUUCAUCCUCCGUGGUGGAGAUGGAGACUUCCGCAGCCCGUUCUCAGUCCCGUUAAUCGUUUCCAUCGUCGAUCAUCCAAACAUGUUGUCUUAAAGGAACAGUCGAUACUUCGUAAGGAUUAAGAAAGGGACGAGAACUCACAAAGUAACUUUGCACUCGUGGAUUUAUAAUUUAUAAAAGUCAGCUCCUACUACCUGGUACUAAACUGUGGUGAGUGAAACACGGCGGCAGCGAGGAGUUCCCUCGCGCAAGCCUCGCUGUGAUAAUCUGAUUACUAUGCCUUAUUCGGACAGGUGAUUUGUUUUGAUACGCUGGUGUCUUAAUCUGCAGACGCCACAGCAGCUUAUUUAUAAACAAAAUCUAAAAUGCAGCAGAGGACAUUUUUUCUUAUUAGAUUGAUAGAGUAGUUAAUAUAUAUAUAUAUAUCUAUAUAUAUGACGUGCUUUAAGCUGCUGUGUUGACGGUACUCCACGUUUCAGGAUGUGCAUGAAGAGACAUGUCUGUACUGUAGCCCGACCCCCACGCUCUUCGUAGGUUCCUCAGGACGCUUCAGCCACCUUGAAGAGCCAGUAUCUGCGCCACAUUUCCUUUUACCCCCCCUCCCUCGACUCUCUCUCUCCCUCUCCAUCAGCACAGGCCACUCUCGCCCCUCAACCUCAGAAACAAAGGCCAGUUUUGGGCGAACCGAUGCCGUUUGGCGUGGAGAUGGAGAGAGAACGUGGAGGGGAUGGCGGUCGGUCCGUGUACUUCGCGGCCAUCCGUUUUUUGAAAUGACAAAAUAAAAAUAUAGAAAUAAUCCAAAAUAAUCUGUUUCCCAUCUUUGUUUUGAUAAUAAUUAACGGAAAACGGAUCAUUAUCCAUUAUCUGUUAUCCGAUUUCAUUGAUGUGUUUGAAAAUCGAAAUUGGGAAUUAAAACAGCGAGUGGACAACUCUUUUCUCUAUUUCCUAUUCGUUUCCAACGGGGGGGCAGUAUGUUAGAGUUCAGUACAUGUUAUUGAUUGGACGCUGCUGCUGAACGGACUGUCACAACAUCACUGCAGUUUCAUGAUGGAGUGAAGACAGAUUACAGAUUAAACUCAUGUUUCACUCCCACGUUUCACAUUUGAUUUAUUUUCUGUUUCAACAUUAAAAAAAUCUAAAACUGUUAAUUUUCAAUCUGAUCAACAAAAGAACCAGAAACAACUUUCUUCAUUUAUUACUGCGCAUGUGCAAUCCCCCCAUUUGUCCAAUCCUUGUUUUCAGUAUCCUUGGAAACAAAUAGGAAAUAGAGAAAAGAGUUUUCCACUCGCUGUUUUAAUUCCCAAUUUCGAUUUCCAAACACAUCAAUGAAAUCGGAUAACGGAUAACGAUCCAUUUUCCAUUUUUUAUUAUCAAAAAAAAAGAUGGGGAACGGAUUAUUUUGGAUUAUUUCUCUAUUUUUAUUUUGUCAUUUCAAAACAAAAAACGGAUGGCUGCGAAGUACACGGACCCCGCGGUACUACGACCCGAACGUGGCUGGUUCAGGGUUCAGAUGUCAACUUUUGAAAUGAGUUUUGGUCUUUGCAUCAGAUUUGUCGACGAAAAAACAAAUGUAGAUCAUUUCACACCCCUCCACACCUUUUUCUUUUCAUCUUUUUGCCUUUUUCUGCGUCUCCAGCCUGAGUGACAAGCUGCAAAGCCAUGCAGCCCUGAUGAUUGUACUGUAGUGAAGCAAUAUAGCGUCCUUCUCGUCGAUGUAACGCACACGACGUCCGACGUCACCGUCGCACAGACUCAGUGGAGGGAAGAGCUGCUUGUCAUUCUCUGCAUCACCACAACCCCGGGAAGGGGAGAUGGGGGGGUUGUGUUGGGAUUACUACAUUUAUGGUCGGCUGUUCUUAUGAUUUAUGCCAGACGCCAGUCGGUGCGGCAGUUUAAUAGCAGCCAUUUCUCCCCUUCUUGAGUGCUGCUCUGCGUUAACGAUUUGCUCAUAAAGUCCUUGGCAUGCGUCUUAAAGCCCGAGAAUCAGUGCUGGUCAUUUCAAAAAGAAAGAAAAGAGAGGGGGGGGGGACUCAAGAACAAUCUACACUGACCUCAGUCACUGAAAACACUUUAACGAACUCGUGUACUAUGCAAAUAUUUACAAUUCUUUAAAAAAAAAAGAGGUCAGUUUCUGAAAAUUACAUUAUAUUUAAAUACAAAUAAUAUAAAUCAGAUUAGUUUUUGUGGGGAAAAGUACGUAAAUAAGCAUCUAGAGAUGAUGUCAGUGUGUUUAAGUGUGACGUGCCUUAAUCAGUGAAGAGUACUGGCCCGGAUCAUCACGGUACCGUGUUAGAGAUGUUUCCGGGCCGAACCGACACCACCGGAGGAGAAGCCUGAACACUUUUCUUUAGUUUAAGUUCUGGACCGACAUGAAAGCGUGUCCUGGACGUGAGAAGCUGGUGGUUUCAGCGCGUAAAAGACCUUCUCUCGGUUUAUCUGUCUUAUUGUAAAGUAGAUGCUUUGCUUAUUUAGUUUGUCAACUUUGAUGGUUCUUUUUUUAUUUUUAAACUCUUGAAACACUUAACUGAACAAAUAAAAAACAAACAAACUCAGCCAAGUUUGUAUUUGAUUCCAGAUUGUAUUACUUUCAGCUGAAUAGAUGUGUAUUUUUUCUGGCUCGAGUAUAUUUUACAUGGAUAUUUUAUGACCUGUGUUGUACGUUGUGAAAGGACACCUAAAGGUAGAAGGUUUUAUUUUUGGAGAAAACAGGAGGGAAGAUGAGCAGAUGUCAGACGCAGCCAGUCAGUCGCUGGUUCUGAUCCAGAACCAGGAUCAGAACCAGCUGGUCCGGUGCUGCCUCCCGUAAGUGCAUGACUGUGCGGUACGCUGUGAUUAGUAGCUGUUUUGCAGACGUGAUCUGUCCCGUUGAUCCUCAGUUGUAGUGUUUCCUGCAUCCAUGAAGCGGUGGAGGUCUCCGGUACGAUUCCCUGCUUCCUCUUCAACAUUUCUGCUGUGUUUUUGUUACUACUGUAAACCUGACUGAGUGGGGGGGCAAACAUGAUGAGUAUUUAAAAGGUAAACCCAUCCCGUAUUUAGAGGAAUCUAAAACAAAGAGAGGGGGAUCUGCAUUUCAAAGCCAGAAACUGUGCAAACAUUAGAUUGUUAAAGUUAUUAAAGGGGACCUAUUAUGGCAACUAAUACCUAUUUUAAACAGGCCUUGAAUGUCUUAAAAACAAGCUUUUGAUUGUUUUUGCUAAAUAAAUUAGAAAUUCAGCCUCUGAGCCAUGUCUUUAUCUUCCCAUUCUCUAACCUCAUUAUCCAUACAGGAUUCUGAGUGGGCGGGGCUAUGAUAAUGAGGCUCUGUGCUGAUUGGCUGCCUGAAUGACGCAAUACUAUGGGCAGAAAUAUGUGCCACUAGAAACUGAAUUUGAAUAAUUUAUAUUUGAAUUUGAAUUUUACUGUGCCAGACAUCCGGGUCUUCCGGAGGAAGAGCAAUCGAGUGCAGAUACAAAGCAGAAAUUUUUCUACAAAACGGCAAGAUAUAAAUCUACACUUUUUACACAGAAUGGAGUAAACACAAUAGGUUUCAAAAUAUCUAGCUCCCAUUGGUCGUUUAAAUCGUUGAAAGAAAAUAGAGGUUAUAGUAGGCUACGUGAAAAGGAGUUCUUUGUAUCUGCACUCGAUUGCUCUUCCUCCGGAAGACCCGGAUGUCUGGCACAGUAAAAUUGAAUUUGAAUUGUGAGAACUGAAUGUAGAUUCAGUUUUUCAAUGCAAUGAUUCAAAUUAAACAAUACAAAUUCAAAUUAUGUGAUUCAGAUUCAAUUUUUUAAUGCAAUUAUUCAAGUUGAUCCAUUCAAAUUCAAAUAUGUAAAUUAUUCAAAUUCAGUUUCUAGUGGCACAUAUUCACAUAUUUCUGCCCAUACAAUACACCACUACAAAAAAAUGGUGGAAGCUCCGGCCGGUGGAGUUAGUUGUUGUUCCGGCCAGAGUUAGUUGUGGGCGUGGUUUCACGCAUCGGAGGCCAACCUAUGUAAAUUGCAUUUUGGUUACAGUACGUAACUACAGGAGCAGAAUCUGAACGGCUCGUAGAUCCACAUCACACUGUAUGGAUCAUCCGGGCGGCUGUACAGACACUGCAGAAUUUGGUUGCUUUCCUCCUUCUCUGCGUUGGCAGGCUGAGGGGAGACCACUUCAUAUAUGUUAAAGCAAGAAAAAACGUGUUUUUCAUAAUAGGUCCCCUUUAAGUUCCACAUUUGGAGAGUAUGGGGGGUGACUGAUGACGUAGCAGCUUCCACCCAUCAUAGAAAUGUUGACACUUCUCCCUGAGACAGAAGACGUGUCCCGGCCUCCGGUUCGGGUGCCGGUGCCGACGAACGCGCUGUUUUGCCUUUUACUGGUUUUCUGACGGCGUGCACGCUUGCAUGUUGUCAUUGUGGAAGAAGUAACUUUCUCAGACAGCUGAGAUCAAUCUAAUGUGCUUUUCAUGAGUAACUUGGUACAACUGCACACGAUGUAUGCACUGUGAACUGAAAAUAAAUUAUACCGUUU